AUGGCGGUGCAACCAAAGCAGAACCUUUCCAUGGAUAGUGCAGCCGAGCAUGGCUUUCUAAACUUCAUUUUCUCCAUGCCGGAGAAGCCGGACACCACUUUCAGAAUAUUCGACCGUAACGACUACUACACUGUUCACGGGAAAGACGCCACAUUCGCGGCGAAAGAAGUUUUCAAGACGAAUGGGGUCAUCAAAUAUUUGGGCUCAGGGAGUCGCAAGCUGGAGAGUGUAGUCCUGAGCAAGCUGAACUUUGAGGCCUUUGUUAAAGACUUGCUGCUGGUGAGGCAGUACAGAGUAGAAGUGUACAGGAACCACAGCAAGAGCAGCAAGGAGCAUGACUGGAAGAUCGAGUACAAGGCCUCUCCAGGAAACUUGACCCAGUUUGAGGAGAUUUUGUUCGGUGGAGGAACCGGUGCAGAGGGCUGUGCAGGUGUUGUAGCCGUGCGCUUUUCUACAGGAGCUGAUGGACAACGCGUGGUUGGGGUCGGCUACGUGGACGCAGCCCAGAGGACGAUGGGAGUAUGCGAGUUUCCAGACAACGAGAUCUACUCCAACCUGGAGUCCCUGCUUGUUCAACUCAGCCCUAAAGAGUGUCUCUUAGCCCAGGGUGACGGCAACGCUGAUGGCAAUAAACUACGAGAGGUGGUGGAGCGCGGUGGCAUGCUGGUCUCUGACAGGAAGAGGGCAGAGUUCAGUAGCAAGGACAUGGUCCAGGAUCUCAACAGGCUGCUGAGAGCCAAGAAAGGAGAGACUGUGGCCAGCAACACUCUGCCUGAGCUGGACAAACAGGUGGCUAUGUCAUGCUUGGCUGCAGUGGUGCGUUUCCUUGAACUGCUCUCAGACGAGUCCAACUUCAACUCUUUCAGUCUGACCUCUCUGGACCUGGGUCAGUACAUGAGGCUGGAUAACGCAGCCGUGAGGGCUCUUAACCUCUUCCAGGGUUCACCUGACGACACCAGCGGAGCUCAUUCAUUGGCUGGUCUGUUGAACAAGUGCCGUACACCACAGGGUCAGCGACUGGUCAACCAGUGGAUCAAACAACCACUCAUGGACAAAACCAAAAUAGAGGAGAGGCUGGACCUGGUGGAGAGCUUCGUGUGCGACUCUGAGCUCAGGCAGACCUGCCAGGAGGACUUGCUGCGGCGGUUCCCUGAUCUUCACCGUCUGGCCAAGAAGUUCCACCGUCACACGGCGACGCUGCAGGACUGCUACAGGGUCUACCAGGCCGUGAGCCAUAUCCCUGCCCUCAUCACAGCAUUGGAGAGAUACUCGGGUAGCUACCAGGUUCUGUUGGAGGCAGUGUUCCUGUCUCCUCUCAGAGACCUGCUGAAUGACUUCACCAAGUAUCAGGAGAUGAUUGAAACCACUCUGGACAUGAACCAGAUCGACCACCACGAAUUCCUGGUGAAGGCGUCGUUUGAUCCGGUGUUGAGUGAGCUGAGAGAAAAGAUGGAUGCGCUGGAAAAGAGCAUGCAGGCGGUGCUGAACAGUGCUGCCAGAGAACUAGGUCUGGAUCCUGGCAAGACGGUGAAGCUGGAGUCGAAUGCCAUGCUGGGUUUUUACCUGAGAGUCACCUGCAAGGAGGAGAAGGGUCUGAGGAACAACAAGAAAUUCACCACGCUGGACGUUCAGAAGAACGGAGUGCGUUUCACAAACAGUAAGCUGAGUUCUCUGAAUGAGGAGUACACCAAGAGCAGGGAGGAGUACGAGGAGGCGCAGAAUGCUAUCGUCAAAGAAAUCAUCAACAUUGCCUCAGGUUACGUGGACCCCCUCCAGACUCUGAGCGACGUAAUAGCGCAGAUGGACGCAGUGGCGAGUUUUGCAGUGGCAUCCGUCUCCGCUCCUGUGCCGUACGUUCGGCCUCGCCUCUUAGCCGACGGCUGCAGGCGUAUGGAGCUGCUGCAGGCCAGACAUCCCUGCAUGGAGACAGACGCAGACACCGCCUUCAUACCAAACGACAUCACCUUCGUCCAGGGAGAAAAGAGCUUCUAUAUUAUCACAGGACCAAAUAUGGGCGGCAAGUCGACAUUUAUCCGUCAGGUGGGUGUGAUCGCUCUGAUGGCUCAGAUCGGCUGCUUUGUGCCAUGCGAGAAGGCGGAGCUUAGCAUGAUUGACAGCGUCCUGGCCAGGGUGGGAGCAGGAGACUGCCAGGUGAAAGGCGUGUCCACCUUUAUGUCGGAGAUGCUGGAGACCGCUGCCAUUUUGCGCUCGGCCACAGAGAAAUCGCUCAUCAUCAUCGAUGAGCUCGGCAGAGGCACAUCCACGUACGACGGCUUCGGGCUGGCCUGGGCCAUCAGUGAACACAUCGCCUCCAAAAUCGGCAGCUUCUGCCUGUUCGCCACACACUUCCACGAGCUGACGGCGCUGGCGGCGCAGCAGCCCACUGUGCAAAACCUGCAUGUCACGGCCCUGACCUCCCACAACACACUCACCAUGCUGUACAGAGUCAAACCAGGUGUGUGUGACCAGAGUUUUGGUAUCCACGUUGCCGAGUUGGCUUGUUUCCCGCCAGCAGUUGUUGCCAUGGCGAAGGAGAAGGCGGAGGAGCUUGAGGAGUUCCAGGAUCCUGCAGGAGAGAAGUCGGACAAGGGGGAAGAGCCAGAGGCCAAGAGACGACGGACAGACAAACAAGUGGGGGAAAACCUGAUCCAGGACUUCCUGGAGAAAGCAAAGUCACUUCCUGCUGCCACCAUGAGCGAGGAGGAGGUGAAGGCAGAGCUCAGGAGGAUGAAGCAGGAGCUGGCCACCAAAAAUAACACGUAUGUCACAGAGAUCCUCGCACGCUGUGUUCCUGUAAAAACAGCUUAAUUAUGUGCUCGACAAAGAUUAACUUCAUGUACUGCAGACAAACACUAUAGCGCUCACACUGUAUAGUUUUUCAAUAAAGAC